ACCCAUGUGAGGACUGGACAUGGGACUGGAGGCUCAAACUGUCUGAUGAGAGCAGCAGGCUUGGGCUGGAGUGCGUGUUGUGUUCACAAUUUUUGACGGUUUAUAUUGUUUAACUUCGCAGUCAUGGAUGCAUCUUCAGACGAGUUUAUGAAAUACCGGUCGCCUCUGGUGUCAAGAUAUGCUAGUAAGGAGAUGGCUUAUAACUUCAGUGACAGGAAGAAAUUCACUACCUGGAGGAAGCUCUGGAUCUACCUCGCCAAAGCUGAAAAGGCUCUGGGCCUGCCUAUCACAGAUGCCCAGGUGGCAGAGAUGGAGAGCCACGCAAACGACAUUGACUUCGCCAUGGCGGCGGAGGAGGAGAAGAAGCUCCGUCACGACGUCAUGGCUCACGUGCACACCUUCGCCCACUGCUGCCCAGCCGCUGCUCCCAUCAUCCACCUGGGCGCCACCUCCUGCUACGUCGGAGACAACACGGACCUAAUUAUGCUUAGGGAUGGCUUUGACAUCCUCCUCCCCAAGCUGGCUCGUGUUAUUGAUCGACUUGCCAACUUUUCAGAGAAGUAUGCCAAUCUACCCACCCUGGGCUUCACCCAUUACCAGCCUGCCCAGCUGACCACGGUGGGUAAGCGAGCGUGCCUCUGGCUGCAGGAUCUCACCAUGGACAUGCGGAACCUUCAGCGCGCUCGCGAUGACAUUCGUUUCCGGGGGGUCAAAGGCACUACGGGCACCCAGGCCAGCUUCCUCCAGCUCUUUCAGGGGGACCAUGACAAGGUAGAGGAUCUGGACAGAAUGGUUACAGAAAUGGCUGGCUUUAAAAAGGCCUACCUGGUGACUGGGCAGACCUAUAGCCGCAAGGUGGACAUAGACUCUGUUGUUGUGCUGGCCAGUAUGGGGGCUUCCAUUCACAAGAUCUGCACUGAUAUUCGUCUGCUGGCUAACCUGAAAGAGAUCGAGGAGCCUUUUGAGAAGGAGCAGAUCGGCUCCAGUGCAAUGCCGUAUAAGAGGAACCCAAUGCGUGCUGAGCGUUGCUGUAGUUUGGCCCGCCACCUGAUGGCGCUAGUGUCUGACCCUCUGCAGACUUGUGCUGUUCAGUGGCUGGAGAGAACGCUGGAUGACAGUGCCAACAGGCGAAUCUCACUGCCUGAGUCCUUCCUCACGGCAGACAUCAUCCUCAGCACCCUUCAGAACAUUACUGAAGGACUGGUGGUCUAUCCUAAGGUGAUCGAGAGACACAUUCGUCAUGAGCUGCCCUUUAUGGCCACAGAGAACAUCAUCAUGGCCAUCGUGAAGGCCGGCGGAAACAGACAGGAUUGCCAUGAGAAGAUCCGUGUGCUGUCGCAGCAGGCUGCAGCAGUGGUAAAACAGGAAGGGGGUGACAAUGACCUGUUGGCUCGGGUCAAAGCUGACCCCUACUUCGCCCCAAUUCUUGGCCAGCUGGACGCCCUGCUGGACCCCAAGACCUUCAUUGGCCGUGCACCCCAACAGGUUACCAGAUUCCUGGCAGAGGAAGUGCACCCCAUUCUUGAACCAUACAAGAGCAAGAUGGAUGUAAAGAUCGAGUUGGAGCUUUGAAGACAGUCACAUACACACAAAUCAUAAACAAACAUAUGAUCAAACUUCAACCAAUAAAUGCUAAAACCAA